UUGAUUUAAGACUGCAAAGAGAGAGAGAGAGAGAGAGAGAGAGAGAGAGGAUUUUGGUAUUGCUUUCAGCACGCGCUGUUCAUUUCAGCACCAUGAGCCUCAAUCAGAGAGCGGACAGAGUCUUUUGAAGAUGUGAGAGUUUUGGAGUUUGAUACUGAACAGGACUUCAACAGUUUUACAUCUUCAUGCAUGACAUGCGUGUCAUACGUUAGCGCCCAAUGAGAAAUCCCCAUGGCCACACUCUAACUGGUCAGGGGGCUCGACUUCAACAUUGAGAUGGGCACGGACGUUACCACCCACCUACUUCCCCAGUAGUCCUCAACCAUCUAUUUUUUGGACCUAUUCUUUCUCACGGUGCCCCGAGUUUCCCUUUGGAUAUGGAUCCCAUACGUUUAAGCCGGACGCAAUACCAGCUCCUCCUCUUCCUCUGCUACUGUUUGCCAGUCUCCCUUCAGCGUAUAGAGACACCACCACCAGAGUACGCCCACUCUAUCCGUCUGGAUGGCGACAUAAUACUGGGUGGCCUGUUCCCCGUUCAUGCCCGUGGAGAGCGUGGGGUUGCCUGCGGAGAGUUAAAAAAGGAGAAGGGUAUUCACAGACUGGAGGCUAUGCUUUUUGCCAUUGACCUCAUCAACAAAGACCCAGAGCUGUUGCCCAACGUGACACUGGGUGCCCGUAUCCUGGACACCUGCUCACGGGACACUUAUGCCCUUGAGCAGUCUCUAACCUUUGUACAAGCUCUCAUUGAGCGUGAUGGAUCGGAUGUACGCUGUGCCAAUGGAGACCAGCCCAUAUUUGCCAAGCCUGACAAAAUCGUUGGGGUUAUUGGAGCGGCAGCCAGCUCUGUCUCCAUCAUGGUCGCCAACAUCUUGAGGUUGUUUAAGAUUCCUCAAAUCAGCUAUGCAUCCACAGCGCCAGAGUUAAGCGACAACACCCGCUACGACUUUUUCUCCCGCGUCGUUCCGCCAGAUUCCUACCAAGCCCAGGCCAUGUUGGAUAUUGUCACAGCAAUGGGCUGGAACUACGUCUCCACGCUGGCUUCGGAAGGGAAUUAUGGUGAAAGUGGUGUGGAAGCGUUCGUGCAGAUAUCCCGGGAGAUGGGUGGGGUUUGUAUCGCACAGUCUCUGAAGAUCCCACGGGAGCCAAGGCCUGGGGAAUUUGACAAGAUAAUCCGACGGCUCCUGGAGACCCCCAACGCCCGGGCCAUCAUCAUGUUCGCGAACGAGGAUGAUAUAAGACGAGUCUUGGAUGCCGCCAAGAAAAGCAAUCAGACGGGUCACUUCCUGUGGGUGGGGUCUGACAGCUGGGGCUCCAAGAUCUCACCAGUGAUUCAGCAGGAGAGAGUGGCGGAGGGGGCCAUCACCAUCCUGCCCAAACGAGCCACUGUCGAGGCAUUCGAUCGCUACUUCCGUAGCCGCUCGCUCUCCAACAACAGAAGGAACGUGUGGUUUGCGGAAUUCUGGGAGGAGAACUUCGGCUGCAAGUUGGGGAUGCACGGCAAACGGCCAGGAAGCCUUAAAAAGUGCACUGGGCUGGAGAAGGUGGGUCGAGACUCCAGUUUUGAGCAGGAAGGAAAGGUGCAGUUUGUGAUGGAUGCAGUAUAUGCGAUGGCACAUGCGCUGCACCGCAUGCACAGAGACUACUGCUUCGGCUACCCUGGCCUCUGCGCCCGUAUGAGCAGCAUCAAUGGUAAAGAGCUGCUGGGAUACAUCAGGACUGUUAACUUCAAUGGAAGCGCGGGGACUCCAGUGGUGUUCAAUCAGAAUGGUGAUGCGCCAGGGCGAUAUGACAUCUUCCAGUAUCAGAUCACCAACAGAUCAACAGCUGAGUACAAAGUGAUUGGCCAAUGGACAAACAAGCUACACCUUAAUGUGGAUGCCAUGCGCUGGCGGAUGGGCGACCCCACACUUCCAGGUUCGGUGUGUAGUGUGCCAUGUCAAAUGGGUGAAAGGAAGAAGAUUGUGAAGGGUGUACCCUGCUGCUGGCACUGCGAGCGCUGUGAAGGGUACAACUUCCAGGCCAGCGAGUUCAGUUGCGAGUUGUGUCCGUACGAGCAACGUCCAGACCGCAAUCGCACCGGGUGCAUCCCCAUUCCUAUCAUCAAACUAGAGUGGCACUCGGCUUGGGCGGCUGUACCAGUCUUCAUUGCAGUUUUGGGCAUCCUGGCCACUAGUUUCGUGGUGGUCACUUUCGUCCGCUACAACGACACGCCCAUUGUUCGCGCAUCUGGCCGUGAGAUGAGCUAUGUGCUUCUGACGGGCAUUUUUUUGUGUUACGCCAUUACAUUCCUGAUGAUCGCUACGCCGAGUUUGGGGGUCUGCUCCUUCCGACGAGUGUUCCUGGGUUUGGGCAUGUGCUUCAGCUAUGCGGCUCUGCUGACCAAGACCAACCGCAUCCACCGCAUCUUUGAGCAAGGGAAAAAGUCAGUGGCCGCCCCGCGGUUCAUAAGCCCUGCUUCCCAGCUGGCCAUCACCUUCAGCUUGAUCUCAGUGCAACUUCUGGGUGUGUUUGUGUGGUUUGCAGUGGAUCCGCCGCACACAGUGGUGGACUACGGCGAGCAACGUACGUCCAACCCGGAAAAAGCCCGCGGAGUUCUAAAAUGCGACAUCUCGGACCUGUCGCUCAUCUGUUCGCUGGGCUACAGCAUUCUGUUGAUGGUCACAUGCACUGUUUACGCCAUCAAGACCCGCGGCGUGCCAGAGACCUUCAAUGAGGCCAAACCAAUUGGAUUUACUAUGUACACUACCUGCAUCAUUUGGUUAGCUUUUAUACCCAUCUUCUUUGGCACUGCACAGUCUGCAGAGAGGAUGUAUAUUCAGACCACCACCCUCACCAUCUCUCUCAGCCUCAGCGCAUCUGUAUCUCUCGGGAUGCUCUACCUGCCCAAAGUCUACAUUAUCAUCUUCCACCCAGAGCAGAACGUGCCCAAACGCAAGCGAAGCUUCAAAGCGAUUGUCACUGCCGCCACCAUGUCAGGCAAACUGGUUCAGAAAGGAAGUGACCGACCCAACGGGGAAGUAAAGACUGAGCUGUGUGAGAGCAUGGAGACCAACACAGCUUCCUCCACCAAGACGACAUAUGUCAGCUACAGCAAUAACGCCAUCUGAAGAGGGCCACUCUCUGUGGGCGGAGCCAGGGGCGGGGCCCUGUCCAAACCAGGAUGGCUGUCUUUGACAUGCUGACAGGCAAAUGAACCGCCCAUGGGCAUCCAAGCAUGAGAUUUUUUUGUGUCGUUCAGCAUCAAACUAAAAUCUGAAGCAUCCUGGAAGACAGAAAAAUGCACAAACGUGACCUACCAGUGAGGCUUCUAUCCUGCAUUUAAAGAGCUAAUCCUGCCAUGAACAAACACAAACAUGCACACACACUUGGAAAAAUGGGACAAAAAUGUUGCAGGCUUGCGGUCAUGCGAAAAAAAGCAAAACAUACUUUCCACAAAAAAAUGGUGUGAGCAUUAUGCCGAUGGGAGCACAUUCACAGUAAACUUUGGAAAUGUGGAUGUUAAAAGAGAAAAUAUAUGAAAACUAUCAGAGUCAAACUAUGUUUGUUGUUAUUCUACUUGUAUUUUUGUGGUCGUGCAGAUUUUUUCAUUCUUGUCCCACUUUGUCGGAAGCCUGCAUUCUGAGAUGUGUCUUGUAUUGGCUGAAUGAACCGUACCCGGGGAUUGUGAAACUGUAAAAUGCCAUGGUUGAAGCAUGCUAGUUUUUAUACCAAAAAAAAAAAAAAAAAAAAGAAGAUUUAUUUAUAAUAAAGGAAUGUUUUGCAAAUGUGUAGCAUUGUUAGAUGUGUAUUUGACAGUGAGAUUUACUUCUUACUCCCAUUUUCAUUGAAUCACUACCACAUUUCUGCCUUAUUCGCUCUCUUACUGAAUGUAUUUAGUUAUAAACCACAAAUUUAUCCGCCUAAAAAAGUAGUCCCACUGUUACAAGUACAAUUUUGACUUCCCUUUGUAAUGCCUUGCCCCAUAGACUCCCAUUGUAAGUGCAUUACUGUAAACACAAAAUUAUUUCUUACUUCGAUUUGUAUUGAAUCACUACCACAUUUCUACCACGACCAUGUUAGUAUUCAGUCACAAAACUCAAAAAACAUCCUCUAUAAUGUGUAUACCACCUGUGUGUACCAUAUAAACCCAGUGUUCUUAAUGUAAUGUUCUAGGUUCAAUACAAGUGAAACUCUAAAAAUAUAUUUUGUGAAACAUGUUUUUUGAAGAUUAUGUUUUUGCAAAAGCUUAAUUCUUCCAUAUAAAAAUGUGUGAUAUUUGAGACUAUUUGAAAAUAUAUAUUGUCUAUAUUGUCCAUUUACUGGUGGGACUACUAUUCCUGGUGGAUGAACUAACAGUUAUACUGUAUGUUACCGACAAUUCCUGUGGGUGGAUUUUUCUCCAUGUUAACGGUCCCUUUCUUGUAUCCUUACACAUCAUGUGAAAGCCACCAGGUUUAUUGGCUUUACAUUGUCAUUGAGUUGACAAAUUGGAUAUAACAUUGCAUAAACACUAGUCUCAUGUUAACAUAUACAGUGGCCCCAAAAACUAUUUGGACACCUAAGCCAUACUUAUUAUAACCUUAAAAAUGCGGUUGAUGUUCUUUAUGAUUUGCUGUCUAUUUGACAGAGCUUCAGAAAGUUGUACAACUGAGAUAUUAGGAUGCUCAAUGUAACGUCACUACUAAAGUACAUCAGUCAAUAUUUCUUUUCCAGAAACAGCAUGAACAGGCACCAGUCUCUGACCACAUAUAGCCAGGUGUCAGGUGGGUUAAACAGCAUAAGGUGAUGUUCUAGGUGAAACAACCUUUGAAAUCGAGUCCUGACUGACAGCGUUGCGCCCAUUGCGCGAACACCUCCCGUUUCCGCAGUCAGCUGUGGGAAUUGUGGAAUGAGAUUGCAGAUGUUUAGUGAGUGUAAUGACACUUUGCCCUCGCGGUGUGGACCCGAGCCCUGUGCCGCUUUUGGAAAAGGAUGUUACACUUAUCCUCACUAUCUCACCAAGCUAAUUCAAUUUCUUUGGCCCCUGCACCAUAGAGAUUCCAAGACCAUCCAAUUCCCAGUCUCUGUCCUUUUAUGUCUUUCUCACUAUAAUUUAGAAAUGUCACUCGAGAAGUACACAAGAAUACAGUCUUCCUGGGAAAAGACCAGCAUCAGCAACCUCCUCUGUUUGACCAUCUCCUUUAAUUUUUUCCAUAGGCAAAUACAUUUUUAUCGAUAACUCAUAAACCUACCGUGAGCUCUGAUGUUGUUAAUUGAUGGUAUAUGCUUCUUUUGAAAUCAUCAAUCUGCAUUAUUUCAACUCUAAUUAGAGAAAUCAACAUUUUUUGUUUAUUAGCAGAAUUCCUGGUGAGAGACUACACUAUUCAUGACAUGAAGAGAAAAACGCAGCACCAAUCAGAGAAUCGUGGCCAACAAAGUGCACCAAUGAGCUCUGCAGCAACAAUCCAUGCAGUCGUGCCGGUCUCCCUACACUCAUAAUCUACUUAUAUAUUUGCACAUCUCAGAAUGUUUUGCAAUUAAAUUAAAAUAUAUUGUUUAUAGGCUCAUCAUCAACAACUUUAAAUCAAUAGUUUUAUAUUUUUUUAAUUUGAUCACGUCAUGCUCAGUACUUCAUGGGAUUGUUGUUCAUUCCCUCAUUAAAGACGUUAAGUACACAGUCUUGUACCUUCAUCU